AUGAGCUACUACUUCGCCAUCAUCGGCACCCAAGAUAAUCCACUCUUCGAGUACGAGUUUGGCACGAGCAAGCAGGGAGGCGACGGACAAGCCCGUUUCCCGGACGAUGCGCACCACCUCAACCAGUUUGUGCUGCACAGCAGCUUAGACAUCGUCGAAGAGGUGCAGUGGACGAACGGACAGUUAUACUUGAAAGUGAUCGACAAGUUCUUCACCAACUACAUAUCCUGUUUCAUGACCGCGGGGAACGUCAAGUUUCUACUCUUGCACCAGCCCACCGCGACAGCAGCAGCAGCUGCGGCGGCGACAGCCGGUGUUUCUGGCGUGACACCCGUGGCAAACCCAUCACGCAAUUCCACAGCCGUCGGCGCUAACCCCACAAGCCCACAAACAGAAGAGGCCAUCAAGAACUUCUUUGGCGAGGUGUACGAAAACUACGUCAAGGCGAUCAUGAGUCCCUUCUACAAGGUGAACAUGGGGAUUCGGAGCCCGGUGUUCCGACAAAGAGUAGCGGCAGCAGGGCGAAAAUAUUUGUAA